AUGCGGUCCGGGCAGCAUCCUGAUCGCAGUGGCGAUCCUGGGGGAGCCGCUAAUGCUUCGAGCUCAGACCUGCCCCGCCGGACCUCGGCCUUCAGGGGAGCAGGGGCUGCGGAGAGCAGACCCCCCCCUAGCCUGGCUGCUGCGGGCCUGCCUCACCCGGGGAAGACGCGCAGCCCCCCGGUCGGAACCGAGGACGUGGCCCGGAAGAGGGUGCCGCCUCCACACGCGGACCUGGGGCGGAGACUGCGGACGGAAAGGAACGGUGACGGGACCUGCAGCUCUUGGCUCGAAGUCCGUGUGGGCUGGUGUGGAAUCAAGGCUGUGCAGGAGGAUGUGCGAGGAUGCCGCUUCAAAGGAAAAGGCAUGGCUUCAAAAGAGGUUUCCUUCCAGCUGCCUGCCGUGCUGCAGGGGCUGUCGGAUGGGGGUCCCAUGCUGCACAUUCUCUCUGCGCCUGAUGACACCUUAAUCAUGAUCCGAGAAGAUGGGGCCGUUUAUUUCUGGUCCCUGCAGCUGAAGUUGAAAAGAAGAAAGCGGGUUUUUGACAAGCCCAUCAUUCGGAAGCCCGGGUGGGUGACGGAUGUCACCAGCAUGCCGCAGUACAACAAAUUGAUCCUAGGGACUGGAAAACCGACAGGUAUGCUGAAAAGCCACACAGCUCCAGUGAUCUACAUCCAUGUGUCUGCUGAGGAUAACUAAAUAUUUUCCAUGCCCACUGACAACACUAUUAAGAUCUGGGAUCUGGAGACCAAGAGCUGCUUGUUUAUCGCCUCCUCCAAAGCCAGCGGUAUUCGGGGCCAGCCCGGGGCCUGCCUCUAUCUCCCCCUCCCCAGAGCCCUGUGUGUGGCCACGGACACUGUCGCCCUCGUGCACCUGAGGCUGAGAUCUCCCCUCGAGCCUCACCUGGUGGUUUCCCACAAAGAGCCCGUGGUGUGCUGCCAGUACAACCCCACCUUCAGGCAGGUGGUCAGCUACUCAGAAGCAUCCGUGGUGAAAGUAUGGGACUUUGAAACAGGAGUACUGUUGUCUGAUUUUAUUGAGGUUCAUGGCAAUGCUGGACUCCAUUGUCUGACCUUUGACUCCAGUGGAAGAGGGCUAGUUACUGGGGGCAGAGAUGGCUGUCUGAAAAUAUGGAGCUACAACAACGGACGUUGUCUUCACACCUUGAAACAUGAUGAAAAACAAAGUGAAGUCUGUGAUUAUACCUACCUGGAGGUAAGCCAAAAUAAGUGUAUCAUAGCUGUUGGAUGGGAUAGAAGAAUAAAUGUGUACUUUGACACACCAUGUGACUUUCACCACUUCCGGAAGCCAUAGCCACACUGGCAGGAUGACUUGAACCACGGGCAAAAGGAGGACACCCUCUGUGCGGCUCAAUGCCCGCCUAUUCUCCUUGCCACCUCCAGCUACGACGGGGAGAUUAUCAUUUGGAAUGUCAUCUCAGGGCACAUGCACUGCAAGCUGAAUAUCCGCAGGCCCUCUGAUGGCACAGAAGAUAGAGAACGCCCACACAGAAGCGUUUCCUGCCUCACCUCCCUGAAGACUCGGGCAGCCAACGUGAAAUCAGCCGCCACUUCCCUAAUGGCCAGCGGGCCCCGGGGUUCUGUCACCUUCUGGAGGCUAUUCGGCGGGCCCUGUCCCUUUGCAAACUUCACUCCUGGGAGUCGGGCUUCCAGAGACAAAGCCUGGGUCAGCAGCAUGGCGGUGACAACAGGGGUUGCCUGUGCCUACGUAGCUGACCAGGACGGCUUUGUACACGUCUACAACAUCGAGGAGUAUGGUCUGCAGGGACCGGAGCCGCAGCCUCCCAAGAAUGUGAUGUUCUGGCAGAUCCAUAUCAGCAUGGUGACAUUUUUGGAGCUGAUAGAAGAAGAAGAGGUUCUGCUGUCAUCCUCCCUGGACCGUACUGUGCACCUGAGGAGCAGAGACGGGGAGUACAUCGGGACCUUCAGGCAGGGUAGCCCCUGGGAUAUUUUCACUCCUGUCUCCUGGAGAUACCCUGGAGUGCCCUGUGAAGUUCUGACAGAUCCCCAGAGCAUGCCUGCUCGUCCAGUGCUGGAAGGAGAUGCUCCUGUCGUGCACACAGCAGAAGAGACGCAAGUCAAAGUGGUGGAGGGCAAGUGUGAUCCUGGGCUCCUCUUCCCAUACCUGCCCCUUCUCUUCCGGCCUGAAGAGACCUCUAACCCUCCCUCCAGAAGACGCCGUCCUUGAAGUGAAAGAAGACACACUUGGAUGGGACACAUUUUGCAGUGACAGGUCAGCCUAAAAGAAACACCCAGGUUGAAGCGAGGGCCCUCCUGAAAUAAAAGGCAGACUUUCCUGGCUGAGGUAUCCCAGGCCACCCUGUCAUCAGCAUGAGUCCCUUGAUCCUACGCCCCACAGCCUGUGAGUAUGGCGAGGUCACAGCUCAGAUCUCACCAGUUUAACGUCCUGCCUGCUUGGCUCGGGACACUCUGAGGAGCCCCCGUUUUGUCUGGCCAUCCCACGUGGUCAAGGGCUACCUCUCAGGUCCUUUCCCUUCAGCUGUGUGGCUGUCAUUACUGCCCACCAAGCUGUUUGAGGCAGGCCCACCUCGCUAUUCCUCCCACAGGAGUCCAGUGCAGCCCCUGUGACCUCCUGAGGGGCU